AUGCUUAUAAAGGAGUAUCGGAUUCCGCUUCCAAUGAGUGUGGAAGAGUAUAGGAUUGCCCAGCUGUACAUGAUACAGAAAAAGAGCCGAGAAGAGACGUGCGGUGAAGGCAGCGGUGUCGAGAUUUUGGAAAACCGGCCGUACACAGAUGGUCCUGGUGGUAACGGACAGUACACCCAUAAAGUAUACCAUAUUGGUAUGCAUAUUCCCAGUUGGUUUCGGUCUAUACUGCCAAAGGCAGCAUUAAGAGUCGAAGAGGAGUCCUGGAAUGCGUAUCCUUAUACAAGGACAAGGUACACAUGCCCAUUUGUGGAGAAAUUCUCUAUUGAUAUUGAAACCUAUUACAUAACCGACUCAGGAGAGCAACCCAACGUGUUCAACCUUUCCCCUGCAGAGAAAAGGCAGACUGUUCUCGAUCCCAUUGACAUUGUUAAAGAUCCCAUCCCCCCGCACGAAUACAAGUCCGAAGAGGAUCCCAGGCUGUAUCAAUCGGUGAAGACUAAAAGAGGGCCUCUGUCGGAAGACUGGAUCAAAGACCACAAGAACAACCCCGGCAGAUACCCUAUCAUGUGCGCAUACAAGCUGUGCAAAGUAGAGUUUAGAUACUGGGGGAUGCAGUCUAAAAUCGAGCGCUUCAUCCACGACGUUGGUCUGCGGAAGGUGAUGGUGAGGGCCCACCGGCAGGCCUGGUGCUGGCAGGACGAGUGGUACGGGCUGACCAUUGAGGACAUCCGGCAGCUGGAGAAGGAGGCCCAGCUGAUGCUGGCGCAGAAGAUGGCCCAGUUCAGCUGCAGCGACAGCGAGUCAGAGCAGCACCUUUCCAAAGAUCCUGCGGGCGACAACGACACGGAAACAAAGGCCAUAUCCCCGUCUGCCGAGGCAGCGGACACCGCUAGCAAUACCGGUGAAGCCUUGCCGGGGCGCGUGCUGACCAAGCAGUGGUCGACGUCUUCCAAGUCCUCUUCGAAGAGAGGAGCAAGCCCCUCGCGCCAUAGUUUAUCGGAGUGGAGGAUGCAGAGCAUCGCCAGGGAUUCAGACGAGAGUUCGGACGACGAGUUUUUCGACGCACACGAGGAUCUGUCUGAAAAUGAAGAGGUGUUCCCCAAAGAAAUCACGAAAUGGAGCUCAAAUGAUCUAAUGGAUAAGAUAGGAACCCCCGAGUCUGAAGAUGUCCCCGAUGAUCCGUGUCUUGAAUCGGCAGGAGAGUACAAUGUGGGAUCCAGCGUGGAGAGACUCAGCAUCAUUGAGGAUGAAGUAGCACCAUCCCUAGCCCAGCCCAGCAAAAUCCACGUCUUGCUCUUGGUCCUUCAUGGAGGCAACAUCCUGGAUACAGGAAGUGGAGAUCAGAGCUCCAAGCAUGGGGACGUCAACACCAUCGCCACCGUGUUUGACACAGUCAUCCGGGUCCAUUACCCAGCGGCCCUUGGACACAUGGCCAUUAGGCUAGUUCCUUGCCCAGCCAUCUGCUCUGAAGCUUUUUCACUCGUUUCCAACCUCAGCCCUUACAGCUACGACGUAGGCUGCCUUUCCAACAGCCAGGAUCACAUUCCUCUUGCCGCGCUUCCUCUGCUGGCCACGUCGUCCCCCCAGUACCAGGAGGCGGUAGCCACGGUGAUCUUGAGAGCCAAUCAGGUGUACAGCGACUUCAUCAAGUCCCCGGAAGGCAUGUCAUUCAGUGGCCAGGUGUGCUUGGUUGGAGACUGCGUAGGAGGGAUCCUGGGGUUUGAUGCCCUGUGCUACAGCAACCAGAUCGUGUCCGAGAGCCAAAACAGCAGCCGGCGCGGGAGUGUUGUGAGCGUGCAGGACUCUGACCUCUUGUCUCCUGGAAUCAUUGUGAACAACAGUUACUGCUCAGGGGGCUCCAACCUGGAAGCCAGCCGACACCUCAGCCGGAGCAACAUCGACAUCCCCCGCAGCAACGGAGAGGACUCCAAGAGGCAGCUGCCACUGCGCAAGAGGAGUGACUCAUCCACCUACGAGCUGGACACGAUAAAGCAGCACCAAGCUUUCCUCUCCAGUUUACAUUCCAGCGUCCUGAGAAACUGCCCUGGAUCAAGGAGAUCCAGUAGCCCCAUCAUGCUGGAUGGUGGGAACCUUGGGAAGUUUGAGUUUGAGAUCACCGACUUCUUCCUGUUUGGAUCUCCUUUGGGACUCGUCCUCGCAUUGAGAAAAACCGUCAUCCCAACGCUCGACAUCUUCCAGUUAAGACCAGCCUGUCAGCAAGUGUACAAUCUGUUCCACCCUGCGGACCCAUCUGCCUCACGCUUGGAGCCCCUCUUGGAAAAGAAGUUCCACAUUUUGCCGCCGUUUAACAUCCCACGCUACCAGAGGUUCCCUCUCGGGGAUGGGAAUUCGGCCCUCCUGGUCGAGACAGUCCAGAGCAACCCUCUCCUCCUCGUGGAAGGCAGCCCCCUGGUUGCUCUCCAGAACCAGGACAGCUUCAUGGAAACCAGUAUCCCCGUCCCCAUCCUGAAUUGGCAAGACGCUUCCAGUAAAAACUCUGGAUUUGCUGAGUCGGAUGUUGUUCAGUCUCUUGGUGGCGUCUUCAUGGAAAGCGCAUCCCCUUCUGCUCCCGUUUCAGCCCCCCAGUUCAGGGGCUUCCGGAGGGCCAGCGAGGCCAGUAUUGCCAGCCAGGUCUCAGGAAUGGCAGACAGUUACACUGCUUCCAACAUAGCCAACAUUGCUGCCAAGUGGUGGGGGACUAAAAGGAUAGACUACGCUCUCUACUGCCCUGAUGCACUAACCGCCUUCCCCACAGUCGCCUUACCGCACCUCUUCCACGCAAGCUAUUGGGAAUCGACAGACGUGGUCUCCUUCCUGCUCAGACAGGUGAUGAGGCACGAAAACUCCAGUGUUCUGGAGCUGGACGGGAAGGAGGUCUCUGUCUUCACCCCUUCCAAGCCCAGGGAGAAGUGGCUUCGUAAGAGGACCCAUGUGAAGCUAAGGAAUGUCACAGCCAACCACCGAAUAAACGAUGCCAUUGCCAAUGAGGAUGGUCUCCAGGUGUUAAACGGAAGGUUUAUGUACGGGCCCUUAGACAUGGUCACGCUCACAGGGGAGAAGGUGGACAUUCACAUCAUGACGCAGCCCCCGUCAGGAGAGUGGGUUUACUUUGACACAGAAAUCAGCAACAGCAGUGGGAGGAUUUCCUACGUAAUCCCUGAGAAUAAGCGGCUGGGGAUUGGCGUGUAUCCUGUCAAAAUGGUGGUCAGGGGCGACCACACGCUUGCCGACAGCUAUAUCACCAUUCUGCCCAAAGGGACCGAAUUUGUGGUCUUCAGCAUUGACGGGUCCUUUGCAGCCAGUGUUUCCAUCAUGGGCAGUGACCCUAAAGUUCGAGCUGGAGCAGUUGACGUAGUCAGGCACUGGCAAGAUCUCGGCUACCUCAUCAUCUAUGUCACCGGCCGUCCCGACAUGCAAAAGCAGAGGGUGGUGGCCUGGUUAGCACAGCACAACUUUCCUCACGGGAUCGUCUCCUUUUGCGACGGGCUGGUGCACGACCCGCUGCGGCACAAGGCCAACUUCCUGAAGUCUCUCAUCAUGGACGUCCACAUGAAGAUCCACGCGGCCUACGGGUCCACCAAGGACGUCUCUGUCUACACCUCCAUCAACCUGCCGCCCACGCAGAUCUACAUCGUCGGACGGCCAACCAAGAAGCUGCAGAAUCUGUGUCAGUUCAUUACCGAGGGAUACGCAGCCCACCUGGCCCAGCUGGAAUACGCCCACCGCUCCCGGCCUGCCAAGAACACCACCCGGAUGGCCCUCCGGAAAGGCAGCUUCGGCCUCCCCAGCCAGACUGAAUUCCUCCGCAAGCGGAACCACCUGCUGCGCACCAUCUCGUCCCAGCCCAUGGCAGCGGGCGGGGGCGCCAGCCACAGGCCGGAGCGGACACAGAGCCAGUCGGAGAGCGACCGGGAGAGAGACCGGGACCACGGCCAGAGGAGCAUGAGCCUGGCCACGGGGUGCUGGGGCCGGAGCGCGGCGGCCACCAAACCCGAACCUGGGGCCCUCGGGCAGAAGUAGAGGGGGGGGGCUGAGCUCCAGCGACAGGUGGCCGCAGAGGCCUGUGGCCGAAGCCGACACAGCAGAAGAACCGAGGCCUACGGUGUGGGACACAAAAAAAAGAGGCAAACAUGGUGCUACUCAUUACCAGCGAGGCAGCGAUGGGUUUGAGAGAGGAGGACGGGAACGCGUUUCUUCCCCCCCCCCGCACGAAAGGGGGGCAGGCCUUCCCGC